UAGGCACUGCGCGUGCGCCUCCGGCACCAGUUUGGACUGAAGUUGCCGCCGAGCGCCUCGGAAUUUAAAGGGGCCGCUGUGUUCCCUGAGUUAGCGUGAAGGCUAAGGGUGGUGGACAGCAUUUUGUGAUGGGACCUGUGCGGUUGGGAACGUUUGUUUUAAUUUUGGCGGUGUACGGUGCUUGGGCUGGGACGCCGAAGGAGGAGGAUGACACGGAACGCUUGCCCAGCAAAUGCGAAGUGUGUAAGCUGCUGAGCCUGGAGCUUCAAGAAGAACUGAGUCGAACUGGCCGAUCUCGAGAGGUGCUGGAGCUGGGGCAGGUGCUGGACACAGGCAAGAGGAAGAGACAUGUCCCAUAUAGCGUUUCAGAGACAAGGCUGGAAGAGGCCUUAGAGAAUUUGUGUGAGAGGAUCCUGGAUUACAGCGUUCAUGCUGAGCGCAAGGGCUCACUACGAUAUGCCAAGGGCCAGAGUCAGACCAUGACAACGCUGAGAGGCCUGGUGCAGAAAGGGGUGAAGGUAGAUUUGGGGAUUCCUCUGGAGCUGUGGGACGAGCCAAGUGUGGAAGUGACUUUCCUCAAGAAGCAGUGUGAGACAAUGCUGGAGGAGUUUGAAGAUGUCGUAGGGGACUGGUACUUCCACCAUCAGGAAAAGUCCCUACAGCAUUUUCUCUGUGAAGGUCAUGUGCUCUCAACUGCUGAAGCUGCAUGUCUACAGGAAACUUGGACUGGAAAGGAGAUUACCAAUGGGCGACAGAAGACAGAAGAGGAAGAGCAAGAUGGGGAGGAGGAGGAAGAAGAGGAGGAAAAGAUGACCAACACACCAGGCCACCCCAAGCAUGAUCCAGAGGAUCUUUGACUCUUGCCUUUGAGCCCCCAGGAAGGACAAAGGUCGUGGAGAAGAACCUUCAAGUCUGAGCUCUCCCUGUCCCAAAGCUUUAAGAGUGUGUGUGUGUGAGUGACCCCACCCCAGAGCUUAUAGUUGUUCUCGCCCAUCUGGUCUCAGGCAAGGCAGGUGGUACAGCUUGGCAUGGCUGUGGGGAGAAAGGUGGGAGCAGCAGGUGGCCUGCCCCAACAGAUGAGUCUUUUGCCUGCCAUCUACCCCCUUGUCAGGUGUGUGUGAUGACAGCUUUUCCCUUUAAAUAUCUCUAAUACUCCCCACCCUACUCAGACAUCAGUGAUGGCAUAGGCCAUGUGGGCCUUGAGAAAGUCACUUUACCCCUCGGAGGUCUGUUUUUAGACCCUUACAAGGAAGAAGCCGCAAUAGACAUUAUAUAUACACUACCUGCAUCCAAGAGGUCACGUGCCAACAAACUGAACGGAAUGGGGGAACUCUGGAUGGGAAUGGGGCCAUGGUGAUAAGUAAGGUCGAGUACAUACUCGGUCUACUUCAUACUAAUUUCACAGGUGCCAAAUUUUCUAUGUAUCUAGUAAACUUUUUCAGUACCAGCUGGGCCCCAAAUUUCAAAC